GAACGCUCCAAGCCUCUCUCUCUCUGCUUCACUUGACACUUCACUUCACUUCUCUCUCUCUCUCUCUCUCUUUGUCCUCCUCUUUCCAUGGCUCCAUCUGUGCAGCCUUCUUCAUCACCUCUUCGAACAAGUGAAGGAGAUGAAAAAUAUGCGAAUGUGAAAUGGGAAGAGCUCGGAUUCGCUCUGACUCCGACAGAUCACAUGUAUGUGGCGAAAUGCAGACAAGGAGAGAGCUUUUCACAAGGGAAGAUUGUUCCUUAUGGGGACAUUUCAAUUAGCCCUUGUUCUCCGAUUCUUAAUUAUGGCCAGGGACUAUUCGAAGGUCUCAAAGCUUACAGGACAGAAGAUGACCGGAUUAGGAUUUUCCGGCCUGACCAAAACGCUCUUCGUAUGCAAACAGGUGCAGAUAGGCUUUGUAUGACACCACCUUCUGUGGAACUAUUCGUCGAAGCAGUUAAGCAAACUGUGGCUGCUAACAAGAAAUGGGUUCCUCCUCCGGGUAAAGGAGCUUUGUAUGUAAGGCCUCUUCUAAUAGGGAGUGGUGCUAUUCUUGGAGUAGCUCCAGCACCUGAGUACACGUUCCUCAUUUACGCAUCUCCCGUAGGCGAUUACCAUAAGGUAAGCACAGGCUUGAACCUUAAAGUUGAUCAUAAGUAUCACCGAGCUCAUUCAGGUGGAACAGGCGGUGUCAAGAGCUGCACGAACUAUGCUCCAGUUGUUAAAUCGAUGGUGGAAGCAAAGUCAUCGGGUUUCUCUGAUGUCUUGUUCCUGGAUGCAGCUACUGGUAGAAACAUAGAAGAAGUUUCUACUUGUAACAUCUUCAUUGUCAAGGGAAACAUUGUCUCCACUCCACCAACUUCAGGAACCAUUUUACCUGGAGUCACAAGGAAAAGCAUGAUCGAGCUAGCUCGUGAUAUAGGCUACCAGGUUCAAGAACGUGAUGUUUCUGUGGAGGAGCUCCUAGAAGCAGAGGAAGUUUUCUGCACGGGAACUGCAGUGGUCGUGAAAGCUGUUGAAACUGUGACCUUCCAUGACAAGAAGGUAAAAUACAGGACAGGAGAAGCAGCGUUGUCUACUAAGGUUCACUCGAUGUUGACGAGUAUUCAAAUAGGUCUUGUUGAAGAUACCAAAGGUUGGAUGGUGGAGAUCGAUCGUUGUCAAGGUUGAAAAGCUGAUGCAUAUUGGAUUGCUUGCUCAAUAUGUAACUUUUCUCUUAGUGUUUUCUUUGUUUUGCACUUUCUUUUUCUUUUAUGAGACUUGUUAUGAAGAACUCUCAAGAUACAUGAUGCAAAAUGAUCACAAAAUGAUCACAGUUACAAGGUCAUAUACCA